AUGUCUGGCAGACGCAAGGAUGAGCUGCUGGCCCAAAAACGGUUCAAUGUCGAAUCUGCGGUGAUCUUUUGCCAGGGAGUGGUGAAGGACAACGAGCAUAUGUGCAACCACUGUCAGGAAGGAUGGGGCCCCUGGUCAAAGUGUGUGCAACUGGCCGGAGGAGAGGGGUAUUCUCGUGCCUGUGCAAACUGCAUCUGGAAUGGAGAAUAUGAGCGAUGCAGCUUCUGGCAGGCCGAGCAGGACCCGGCGACCCUGGGGAUUCAAAACCGGGCCACCAACGGAAUAAGCCCUCAAUCACAAAGAGAACGGCCAAUGAAGCAUGGGCAGAUAUGA